GCGUCCAGCCCGCCCCGCCCGACCCCGGCCCGACCCCGGCCGGCCCCGCCCGCCAGGCCCCGGGGAGGGAUGCGGCGGCGCGGCGCCCAGGAUGCCCCGCAGCCCCGGGACGCGCCUCAAACCCGCCAAGUACAUCCCGGUGGCCACGGCCGCCGCGCUGCUGGUCGGCUCCAGCACCCUGUUCUUCGUGUUCACGUGCCCAUGGUUGACUCGAGCUGUGUCCCCAGCUGUUCCUGUCUACAAUGGCAUCAUCUUCCUCUUUGUCCUGGCCAACUUCAGCAUGGCCACCUUCAUGGACCCUGGCGUCUUCCCCCGAGCGGAUGAGGACGAGGAUAAGGAGGACGACUUCCGGGCCCCGCUGUACAAGAAUGUGGACGUGCGGGGCAUCCAGGUCCGAAUGAAGUGGUGCGCGACCUGCCACUUCUACCGCCCACCUCGCUGCUCCCACUGCAGCGUCUGUGACAACUGCGUAGAGGACUUUGACCACCACUGCCCCUGGGUCAACAACUGCAUUGGGCGCCGCAAUUACCGAUACUUCUUCCUGUUCCUGCUGUCGCUCAGCGCACACAUGGUGGGUGUCGUCGCCUUUGGCCUGGUCUAUGUGCUGAACCACGCUGAGGGGCUGGGAGCUGCCCACACCACCAUCACCAUGGCCGUCAUGUGUGUGGCUGGCCUCUUCUUCAUCCCUGUCAUCGGCCUCACUGGCUUCCAUGUGGUGCUGGUCACUCGGGGGCGUACCACCAAUGAGCAGGUGACGGGCAAGUUCCGCGGGGGCGUGAACCCCUUCACCCGAGGCUGCUAUGGGAAUGUGGAGCACGUGCUGUGCAGCCCUCUGGCACCCCGGUACGUGGUGGAGCCCCCCCGGCUGCCGCUGGCUGCUCGCCUGAAGCCACCCUUCCUUCGGCCUGAGCUCCUGGAGCGAGCUGCCCCACUCAAGGUCAAGCUUAGUGACAACGGGCUGAAGGCUGGCCUGGGUCGCAGCAAGUCCAAGGGCAGUCUGGACCGGCUGGAUGAGAAGCCGCUGGACCUGGGGCCGCCACUGCCCCCCAAGGCGGAGGCCAGCACGUUCGGAGAGAGCGCCCUGUCGGCGCAGAGGACCAGCCCCCCGACACCUGCCAUGUACAAGUUCCGGCCUGCCUUUCCCUCGGGUCCCAAGGCGCCCUUCUGCGGGCCUGGUGAGCAGGUCCCUGGCCCCGACUCCCUGACGCUGGGAGAGGACAGCAUCCACAGCCUGGACUUUGUGUCAGAGCCCAGCCUGGACCUUCCUGACUACACGUCCGGAGGCCUGCACGCCGCCUACCCCCCGUCCCCGCCACUCAGCGCUGCUGACACCUUUUCGGGUGCCUUGCGCUCCCUGAGCCUCAAGGCGGCCAGCCGGAGGGCUGGGGACCACGUGGCCCUGCAGCCUCUGCGCUCUGAGGGCGGGCCCCCGACGCCCCACCGCAGCAUCUUCGCCCCCCACGCACUGCCCAACCGCAACGGCAGCCUGUCCUACGACAGUCUGCUCAACCCCGGCUCGCCCAGCGGCCACACGUGCCCCACCCGCCCCUCGGCCGGCGUGGCCAGCUAUCGCCCGCCCUACUUGCACCCGGGGGCGGCGGGUGACCCGCCGCGGCCCCCGCCCCGUAGCUUCAGCCCGGUGCUGGGCCCCCGGCCGCGGGAGCCCUCACCUGUGCGCUACGAUAACCUGUCCCGGACCAUCAUGGCCUCCAUCCAGGAGCGCAAGGACAGGGAAGAGCGGGAACGGCUGCUGCGCUCCCAGGCAGACUCGCUCUUCGGCGACUCGGGCGUCUACGACGCGCCCAGCUCCUACAGCCUGCAGCAGGCCAGCGUGCUGUCCGAGGGCCCCCGUGGCCCGGCCCUGCGCUACGGCUCCAGAGAUGACCUAGUUGCGGGGCCCGGCUUCGGUGGUGCCCGCAACCCUGCGCUGCAGACUUCGUUGUCCUCACUGUCCAGCGCCGUGAGCCGGGCCCCGCGGACCUCCUCCUCCUCCCUGCAGGCCGACCUGGCCAACAACAACGCCCCCGGGCCUCGGCCUGGCAGUGGCUCGCACAGGUCUCCAGUGCGCCAGGGCCCGCCCUCCCCACCCAGCACGCCCCGCUCACCCUCCUAUGCAGGCCCCAAAGCUGUCGCCUUCAUCCACACGGACCUCCCGGAGUCGCCACCCUCGCUGGCCGUGCAGAGGGGGCGGAUCGGCACCUGCAGCCGUGGAUGGGGCCGGCGUGGCCAGCCCAGGGUGCCCCCCGGCCUGCACCUAUGCCACCUUGGCCUCCCCGAGGACCGCCCGCCGCUGCGGGCCCCCUGGAGCCCGGCCGCUGGGGUACCCCCCCCGAGGGACUAUGUGCCGCCUGCACUCAGCUGCCUCCAGCCUUUUCCCCAGUCUCUCGGGGCCUGAGCGGGACACCAAGUAGGCAGUUCUGGGGCCAAGAGGACAGCCCAGGAAGCCAGGCAGCCACAGACCCUGGGCCGGGGGCUGGGGGUUCUCUCUCCACCAGCCGCACCUUGACUGACUCCCAGCCCGCUGGGGCUUGUGACCCUGUGCCCACCCACCUCAGGAAGUCCCCACCUGCUGCAUGGGGUUCCACUCCCCAGGCAGGGGCCCCGGAGCUGCUGGGACCAGCACACCACCCUUCCCUGCCUGACCUAGCACUUUAGACGCCACUUCCUCCCCAGGGAGCCCAGGCCUCUGCGGGUUGGGCUGGGGUGGGGGUCUCAGGUUGCCCCUGCAGGUCGCUGCACUCCCUCCUCCCCACACCCAGCACAUGAACAGAUGCCUUAACCUCUUGGAGCCGCAGGCCUGGUGAGCCAUCCGGGCCCUGCCAGGGCGGGGAGGAGACCCUGCCAGGCCAGUGUGUUCCUGGUGACCGCUCUGCCCAGCCCUGCCCGGCCAUCUUCACUCUUUUACUCUUAGAUGCGGCACCUGGGGGAGCUCAGAGGGCCCCCACUACCCCAUGCCCUG